AUGCUGCAAGCGUCUUCUUUACGAGGCGCUCUUAGUGGCGCAGAACCAGAAAUUGAUCUAAAAACAAUUGUUAUAGAGGUUGGAUGCAGUUUCGCCUUCCCUUCAGCAGCAGCAGCAGCAACAACAACAGCAAUAGCGCUUGGCCUUAAUGGAUCUUUUUGUUUCGCUGCUGCUGUUCCUGCUGUUGCUGCUGCUGCUGCUGCUGCUGCUGCAGCGAGAAUUAGGGUUUGCGGAUUUACUAUUUUGCUGCAGACAGUUUUUGGCUGGGAGGCAUUCGACAGCAGCAGCAGCAGCAACAGCAGCAGAAGCAGCAGCAGCAGCAGAAGCAGCUAUUGCCCUGUAUUUGCUGCUCAUCCUGCUCAUGCUGCAAGCAGCAGCAGUUCUCCGGAUUUGCUGCUGCUUGUUCUUGAUGAGGCUCUUGACCGAGCUUUAAGGGAUGCGCCCCGUAGAAGCAGCAGCAGCAGCAACAGCAGCAACAGCAGCAACAGCAGCAGCAGCAGCAUGUGCUGCAGUGACUGCAACUUGCUGCUGCUGUUAGCUCUACCAGGGGAGCCACAAGUCGUCUCGUUGCUUCUUCGUUGGGCAUUUGAACAGCGGCGAUUCAAGAGGGUGAAGUUGAUGGCAAGCGAACGAAUGGCGGUUUAUUCGCAUCUGCCGUUCUUUCCUGGGCUUUGUUCUCAUCAGGGUACAUUAGUAGUAGAUAUAGGGGAGAGCGGUAUUCGUGUUUCUCCUCUUGAGGGUUUAUCUCUUUCUCCUGUUUCUUUUUGCUGCGCUGCUACUCGUGGUGGUGCGGGUUUGCUGUCCGAGUUGCUGCUGCUGCAUCUAAGGAAGCAACAGCUUCCUGCUGCUCCUGCUGCUGCUGCUGCUGCUCCUGUUGCUGCUGCUGCUGCUGCUGCUGCUGAUGGGGAUGGGGAAGUUGAAGGGGAGACGCGCGAGGCAAGCGAGAUGGAUAUGCAGCAUGAGGAACAGGAGGAGGAGGAGGAGCAAGAGCAGCAGCAGCAGCAGCAUGCAGCAGCAGCAGCUGCAGCAGCAGCAACAACAGCAGCAGCACAUGGAUUUGGUGCCGGGGCUGGGCGUUGGGGUCCUGACUCAUUAGAUUGGAGAGAUUUAACUCGCUAUAAAGAAACGCAAUGUUAUGUCAGCUUAGAUCCUGCGCUGGAUUUACAUCUCCACAGAAACCACCGGCAGCUAAAGCCGCUCUUCACGUGCAGCGACGGAUCCGUUGUACAGCCUUGGUCAGAAACAUUUUUAAUUCCUGAAGUUUUAUUUUCUCCUCAACUUCUUCCUGAUGCAAAUUUGGCUGCUAUAGCACCUGGCAUGGAUCACAGCAGCAUAAGCGAAAUGGUGUUGCAGUGUUUUAGACGUUCUUCUGUUUGCGAGAGGGAAGGAUGGCUAAAAAAUAUUUGCCUUGUUGGUGGUAGUGCACAACUCCCUAAUUUUGCACAAAGGGUGAGAGUGCUGCCGUGUGAGGACCGCCAGCUCGCCGCAUUUCGUGGAGCGUUGCUGUUCGGGUUAGUGGCUCGUCAAGAGCCAGAGGCGUGGUUAAGUCGUCAACUCUUUGAGCGGACAGAAGGAUUAGAAAAGGUCGCAAGGAAGAUGGCCCUACACAGCUAG